AAACGAACCCCUGCUUGCUCCCUUUCUUCCACUUUCUUUUUCCACCUUCUCAAGAGCCCUAGUUCUGAAAUCGCGCCAUAUUGCGCUCACACGGAGUAUAUGACUCGCCUCAAAUCCUCCGUUCACUCCCCAGACUGUUUCGUCUUCGUUUACUAAUUCAGAUUUGGUUAGUUUUUGUCCGGGAUUGAGUCUCUUACCUGAUAGUCUCUGUGAGUAUGGCAAGAGGUAGAGGACAAGGCAGGCCACAGCGUGGAGGAGGGUCAUUUAGAGGUAGAAGAACCGCGGGAGCUCCUCACAGCGGAGGGGCACUUGGUGCCAGACCGUCAUCUCACAUCAUUGCCAAGUCUUUCAACAGAACAAAUACUUUACCAUGGCAGAAGAGUUUGACAGAAGGUGGCCUUAGGGCUGCAGCAUUAUCAUCAGGGUUAGAUAUCGGGUCAAAGUUAUUUGUGUCAAAUUUGGACGUUCAGGUUUCUAAUGAUGAUAUAAGGGAACUCUUUUCCGAGAUGGGAGAACUAAUAAGAUAUGCAAUCCACUUUGACAAGUAUGGACGCACAAGUGGUUCAGCUGAGGUGGUUUUUGCUAGACGGAAUGAUGCACUGAAAGCAUUGAAGAAAUACAACAAUGUGAUGUUGGACGGGAGGCCUAUGAAGAUUGAAUUUGUUGGAAACAAAUUGGAAUUUCCGCUAUCAGCUCAUUUGAAUGUUGCUGGAAAUGCAAAUGGGAGCAAAAGUGUCAUGAAGCAACCCCGUCGACCUACUUGGGCUAGAGGUGGUGGCAAUGCUUCAACUUUGCAAGGUUCUGGGUUUAACCAAAGGGGCAGUGGUGGUUUUAGGAACAUGCGUGGUCAACGCCGUGCCCGUGGUGAGGGGCAAAAGAAACAUGUUCUGAGGUACACAGAAGACUUCUCGUAGACAACUGUUAUGCUUGUGAUGUGUACACUUGAAAACAUCUCUUCGGUACGUAACUCUAAAUCCCAAGGAAGCGGCGUUUGGUGGUUUGGUUUGUAUUGCCAUUGUUUCUUUUCUCGGCUUGAAUUUGUGCUAGUUGAAGUCAGUUUGCUCCAAUGUAGAUUAGGGUUUUUCAAUCAAGUAGUUAAGUAGUUUGAAUGAUUUUCCCAAUUGCCAAUUGAUUGAUUGUCCCAAAUUGCAAACUUAUCCAAAGGUUAAUGUUACAACAAUGUUUAUACAUCAAUUCUUACUACAAUUAUGUCCCUCGCUCGGACUAUUAUAAUGAAAAACAUACUUGGAA